AUGUUAAAGAAUCUUUCAAAAGGAUUUCCAUCUCUUAUAAAUAAGAGAUCAUUUUCAACAAUUAAUGAAAAUCCAUUAACAAGAAUUCAUCAUGGUUCACGUACACAAACAACAGGAUUAGUAGCAACAGUAUUUGGAGCAACAGGAUUCACUGGUAGAUAUUUAGUACAAUUAUUAGCACGUACAGGUAUUCAAGUAGUUGUACCAUACAGAUGUGAAGAUGAAGGUUUUCGUGAUCUCAAGGUGUUGGGCGAAUUAGGUCAAAUCAUUCCAGUUCGUUUCGAUAUUAGAGAUAGCGAAUCAAUUGAAAGAGCAAUUUCACACUCAAACAUUGUCAUCAAUAUGGCUGGUCGUGAUUAUGAAACUCGUAAUUUCUCACUCGACGAUAUCAAUGUUCAUGCAGCAUCUCGUAUCGCUGAUUUAAGUAAAAAUGUUGAGAAAUACAUUCACGUAUCAACCUUGAGAGCAUCCGAAGACUCUCCAUCCCAUUUUUCACGUUCAAAAGCAAUCGGUGAAAAAUUAACAAGAGAAAUCAUUCCAAAUUGUACAGUAGUUAGACCAUCAAUCAUCUUUGGUGAUGAAGAUAAAUUCAUUAACAAAUGGUCAAAAGUCUCUCAAAAUUGGCCAUUCAUUCCAAGAUAUAAUCAACAACAUAAAAUUCAACCACUUCAUUGUUACGAUUUAGCAAGUGGUAUUUUAUCAAUUUUGGAAACACCAGGUACAAGUGGUAAAGUUUAUGAAUUUGCAGGUGAUGAAGUAUUUACAUGGGAUGAAUUUUUAGAUAUGAUUAUUGAUGGUACAGCUCAAUACAGUAAAUUAAAUAUUCCAGUUUCAAAUGAUUUCAUGAAAUUCAUCUCUGAACAUUUAUUAGAAAGAUUCGCUCGUAAUCCAAAUUUCAUUAAAGAUCAAAUCGAUUAUCAUAAUCAAGAUAUGACCACUACUGUUGGUGCAUUAACUUUGAAAGAUUUAAAUGUUACAACUACCCCAAUUCAAGAAAAAUUAAUUAGACUUUCUAGAAUGUACAGACCUGGUAAAUUCUUCAAUGCUAUUGCAAAUCCACAAAAUAAAUAA